CUGGUCGUGUUCAUGCUUCUGAGCAUUACCAAUAUUAAAGAUAGUUAUUGACCUGUACUGCCUUGUUCGUCAGAACUAUUUUACGGAUAGAAAUGUCCUUUAAGAGGGAGGGCAAUGACCCGAGUCAAUUAAAUGUUUUAAAGAAACGGCGUGUUGCAGAUCUUCUAGCACACUUUAUCCCAGAGGACGAAGCCGAUCUGAUGAGGAACGGAAGAUACACCUGCCUUGUGUGUACCAGCCGCCCUAUUUUCGACACUAUCGACAUGCUCACAGUCCACAGAAAGGGGAAGAGGCACCUAGACGGGAUGAAAUGGUACUAUGGCAAGAAAUCCCAGCUUAAACGUGAAAUUACAAAGAGGCAACAUUCAAACUAUGUGCAAGAGGAAGAAGACAGACAGAAUGAACGACAGGAGCCCUCCAGUUCAGCCCCGCUAUUGGUACAAACCAGGAAAAUAACCCAUCAUGCCUUGCUCAAGACUGUUCCAUACAAUAGUCGUCACAAAAAGCUCAGCACAGAAAAGGGAAUGGGUUCAGACCCAGCUGAUCCCCUGGCACCAUCAGGCUCGGCACCACUUGAGGUGUGUGAAAGGACCAUAGGUUCAAAGGAAGCACCAGCAGCAAGUUCCCCCAGUAGCUACCCGGCAGGCAAAGUCAGCAACUCAAAGCCUCUUCGAGGUAAAAAGGAACAUAAAGCAAUUGCGUCGGAGCCUGUGACAGCCGAGAGGAGGAGAGAACUGGAGCACUACCUCCAAAUGAAAAGCGAUGGGUGGCUGCAAGACCGAAGUGGCCAGUGGGUGAAAGAUGAAAAUGUAGAGUUUGACUCUGACUCUGACGAGCCCCCUCCUUCGGCUCCUCCUCCUCCGGGGGAUGAGGAAGACUAAGAUGGGUCUAUGCAAGUCCACUGGACAGGCAUGUGGACACUUGGAAUUGCAGUCCUUGGCAGACAGAAUGUAGUGCUGUCCAUAAUAUUUCUGUUACCGCUAAUGUUAUCUUUCAAAACUCACUGUGCAAAUGGGAAUGUCCCCGCAUUACCUCUCAAUCAUUUCGAAGUAUUGACACUGAAAAUGAAGACUAGGAACACUUACCUUUGUCCUUGGUAAACCAUACCCAGGCUCUGUGAGCCAGUUAGGGGAAAAACUUAGAAAACAGGUCUAUUUUUUAACAUGCACUUCAAGUCAACAUCAGAGACGUCAAUAUUUGAAGAACCUGCGCCCACGUCACUGGAGGGACUUUUCAAUCACCAACCAGCUGUUGACCAAGAGAAUAGAGUGAUAUUGGUGCUAAUCCUGCUGGGAAGGAUCUAUUGACAAUAUCCCAUAUUCCUAAGAACAUUCAUUUAAAAACCUCGGCUCAUCCUUUGAUGUUCACUGUGUCUGAUGUUCUUUGGCUUAUUUAUUAGUUGCUGGUAAGUGGUUGUUCCAGAUUUGAGUCUUGCAUGAGGGCCUUUAACACCGCACUUGUCCUUUACAAGAUCAAUGUACCGGUUCUACCCAAUUUAAUCAACCCAGAGCUGCCAUUGGUCUGCCAUUCAGUAAAUAAUUCUGCUCAGCAUUACAGUCCAAAAAUACGGAUGUGUUUUACAGUGGAACAAAUAAAUGGCCAGAAAUAGAGUGCCGCAUGGCAAUGCUGACCCUUAAGUCAU